CCAAAGCGCUGGUUACUUGUCAGUAACAUCCUGACUGCUGUCUGUCAGUGAGUGGUUUACUUGACUGAAUGUAUGUGUAGUUUUGACAGUGAGGGUGUAUGUUCUAAUGGAGUGUAGGUGUGGAUAAGGUAGUGCGGGUGUGGAUAAGGUAAUACGUGUGUGGAUUAGUGUUUCAUCCAUCUCCACUCUGGUUCUCCUGUUGUGGCAUACGCUUCAAACGGCCUCGUAACAAGGUUCCAGUGGAUUGUUGUAAGCAGAUAUCAGGAACAAAAAACAGGGCAUGAGAAAACAAAAACACCUGCUAAAAAGAGAACAAGAACAAAUACAGGAUGCAGUCGAAUAACAAAAACAGAUAGCAGAAAAUCUUGUUAAGGAGCAAGGAAACAACAAAUAACCUAACUAUACUAUCUGGAUCACUGCUAAACUCUCACAGAACAACAGCAAAGGAUGGAGGAUUCUAAGGUGGGCAUCAACCAGAUAAACACUGGUUUCCCUGAAGUCCCGCAGAUGCGUGACAUCACUCAGUGGUCCACUAACGCCACAAACACCACUACAGAUCACACACCAAAAUCUGAUGAAUCUGUGACACGGCAUAUGAUCUACGCGGUGGCAGGCAUCGUGCCUGUGAUCAUACUGGUGCUGGUGGCCUUCAUCAUCUAUUUCGCCUUGAAACACAGGUCAAGCAACAUGCCAUCAACCGUGGAAGUGUGUCUCCACUCACCCAUUCAGUGCCAAAAUGGGUUGCUGACACGAGAAGUUUUCCCAGCAGUUGUUGAUCUUCCACUCCAAGAAGAAAUUUUACCCCAAGAAGAAGAUAGGAAAUGCAUAAAUGAGCAAGAAGAAGUUGCCUUUCCAGAGCAGGACCAACAACAAUCCUCUGACAUGCUGAAGGAGGCAGUGUACGUCAACCUUUCACGAAAGAUUCUAAGGACAGAGGUUAAGACCUAUUUGUCAAAUGUCAUCCAGUCACCGGAUCUUGAGCUGGAAUUCAGGAGUGUGCCAGCCAUGAUGGGAAAGAGCUGCUCAGAGGGAGCACUUGAGGCGAACAGAUGCAAGAACCGCUACAAAAACAACAUUCCAUAUGAUGAUACCAGGGUGAAGCUGCCUUUCCUGUCCAAUGACCCUUACUCAGACUACAUAAACGCCAGCUACAUUCAGGGCCACUCCCGGGCAAAUGCAUUCAUCGCUUCUCAGGGACCUAAGGACUUUAAUGUUGACACCAUUGGUGACUUUUGGAGGAUGAUCUGGCACACUCGUUCUCCUAUCAUCAUCAUGGUCACCAACCUCAUUGAGAAUGGCAAGGUCAAGGUGGCACAGUACUGGCCAGAGGAAGGUCAUCCUCUGGUUAAGGACGGCAUUGAGAUCAAACUCGUCUCUACAGAGAACAAGGUGGACUUUAUCAUUCGAACAUUGGAAGUUUCCAAAAAAAUGGAAGUGAGAGAGGUAAAGCAGUACCAGUACACAGCCUGGCCAGAUCAUGGAGUGCCACAGAAUCCCUACGGUCUGGCACAAAUGAUCAAGCACCUUCCCAAGGAGCCUUCCACUGGCCCUCUAAUCGUUCACUGCAGUGCAGGUAUCGGGCGGUCAGGAUCAGUGCUGCUGGUGCUGCUCAUGAUGGAUCAACUAAAUUCCUCUGGGUACUUGGACCCUCACCAAGCCCUCAUCAUGCUAAGAAAUGGACGACCCAGGCUAGUGGAGAACAAGGCACAGUACAUCUUCAGUCAUCAGUUGCUACAGGAAGUGUUGUCGGGGAUCACCACCAGCUAUACCUGUGACAAAUUUCCUGAAGUGGUGGAGGACCUGCGUCUUCCUCACCCUCCCUCCAACACUUCCAUCAUACUCCAGCAGUUUCAGUACCUUAAGAGCUUACCCAAGGACUUGAGCUUCAAAUUUGGCAACAAUCCACGUUGUGCUCACCUGAACAGGAACCUUAACAUUCUGCCAGCGGACAAAAGGAUGGUGUUCCUACAGAACUUGGGUGGUGGCCUCGAAUCCCAGUACAUCAAUGUGGUCAGGGUCAAUGGCAUUGACCAGAAGGAUGCAUACCUGGCUGGAGAGCACCCUCUGCCGCACACUGUUGGAAACCUGUGGAGACUGGUGUACGAGAGACGAGUCCCAGUAUGGAUUCAGCUGCACACAUUGCCUCAACACAACCUGGUAUGUUGCUCACCACCACACCCCUCUAUGUUUUCCACCGCACCCUGCCUCAACUCCACCUGGCAUAUACAGUACCUGAAUAAACCUGAGAGCCACUAUCUUUCUAGUGGCCUCAAUGGGAAUAAGAAGCAAGUACCUUAUGAACUUAUGAAAGGUCCCCCCCCCCCCACAAGAUUUGGACAGCGUUUAUCAGUACCCCAUAAGUGUAAACUGCUGAUGAUGAAAGGUUGGCCUCAUGAAGACUUGCUGCCUGCCUCCCCAGAUCCUCUGCUGGCCAUCAUAGAGAAAACAGAGUCCACUGCUGACAUGCAGAGCUACACCCUCUUCACUUGCAAGGACGGGGUGACAGGGUGUGGAGUGAUGAUGGCCCUGCUGCUGCUGGUCGCCAGGAUGAAGCUGGUGCAGGAGGUUGACGUCUACCGCUCUGUCCUCAGUGUCAUCUAUGACAGACCUCAGUUCAUCACAAGUAUUGAACAGUAUGACUUCCUCCAUACAGCUGCUAUCUCUUAUCUCAAUGGUUUUAACAACUAUGUCAACUUUAACUGAAUACCAAGUCAACCUGGAGCAACUGAAGUCUCGUCAGUUAAUCAGCUUGGUGAUCUACAGUGACAUGGGAACUUCAUAUGGUUGUUUUGUUGAGAUUGUCAUAGUCAUUGAAAAUUAGCAAAUUUUCAACCAUUCUGGUAAUCUAUAGUGAAAAAAAUCAUCCCAGAACUAAGUCGACUCAUACCAGGAACAGUUGAGGGAGACACAUGACUAACAACAUUGCAAACCAGGCAUGACAGGGCUGAUCUCAUCAAGACCUAAAAUACUGAACAAUUUGGAGGAUAUUAAUCCAGACUACUUCUUUAAAAGAUCAUAUGUACCACAUACAGGGAGCAGCAGCUUCACGCUCAAUAAAUCAAAAGCCACAAUAUAGGACAGAAAACAGGAGAUGCUUUUUUCAACCAUAGGGUUAUAAACCCAUGGUACUGCUUAUCCACCAACGUUGUAAAUGCAAAGAUACUAAUUCAAACUCCAGUUUGAAAAAAUCCUCAGGGACAAUGUG